AUGACUUUGUUCCCCACCAAGUUUGAAAAUGGGAAGAUUGAGUACAAGAUAAGGUACAAGGGGAGAUCAAGGCCAUUCUCUAGAGCCAAAGCCUUGGUGACUUCAGAACAAUCCAGGGACCCAACCAAGCUAAAGGAGCUUCUGUCUCAAGUCCUCACUAUCACCCUUGAUGUUAAGUUUAGGUGUCAAGGAGCCAGCUCGACCGACAGCUCGAUCGAGCUAGAAACCAGGGCAACUCGAUCGAGUCAACUCGACCGAGGUACUUUAGUGAAGAAACAGAGUGACAAGGAUGACAAACAGUGA